GUCACAUGAUCUGUAGGUGGGGGCGUGGCUGAGGAGUAAUGGCUGCCCCCUUGUGUGACUGCUGGGGACAUGCUGUCACCUGCUGAGUAUGAGGAUACUAGCCCUGCUGAGGAGGGGGGUCCUCACUGCACACUACACCUGCAGGGACCCUUCUAAAGUAUUUCCAAGGGAAAUAAGUAGGACAUGGAAAGCACAUUCCACUGAUGCGGAUGGCCGUGCAGGUGUACAGUCUACAGUCCUGCCUGAGUUUAUCCGCCAUCGGCUUCAGUGCUUUGAGACCCUAAAGGAGCGUUAUGAGGCCAGGCUUGCAGACAGAGUACUAAGAGAGUCCCGUCCCAUCAGGAUAUCCUUACCAGAUGGGAAGGUGGUUAGUGGGGAGUCCUGGAAAACCACUCCUUAUGAAGUAGCCACACAGACCAGAUCGGGCUCUGUGCACAAUAUUCUAGCAGCUCGAGUGAACAGUGUUGUGUUUGAUCUGGGAAGACCCCUAGAAAAUGAUUCGGAUAUUGAAUUCCUCACGUUUGAUUCUCGUGAAGGACAAGAUAUAUUUUGGCAUUCAAGCGCUCAUAUCCUGGGGGCUGCCCUGGAACAGAUCUAUGGAGGUCUCUUGUGCCAUGGACCCAGCUUAGAAAAUGGAUUCUUCUAUGACAUAUACCUGGAAAACAGUACUGUGCUGGGCAGUGACCUCUCUGCCCUGGAAACAUCCUGUAAAGAGAUCAUCAGACAGAAACUUCCCUUCCAGCGAGUGGAGGCCACACGGGAGGAGCUGCUGGAGCUGUUUAAGUAUAACAAAUUCAAGACACGAAUAAUAGAAGACAAAGUGGAGACUGGGACAAGUAUUUACAGGUGCGGCCCCCUGGUUGACCUCUGCCAGGGACCUCAUGUCCGACACACAGGGCAAAUCAAAGCCAUUAAACUCCAUAAGAACUCAACAGCCUAUUGGAAAGGAGACGCAACACAAGAGAAAUUGCAGAGAAUUUAUGGAAUCUCCUUUCCGGAUUCUAAACAAUUAAAAGAAUGGGAAAAAGCUCAAGAAGAGGCUGCCAACCGGGACCACCGCAAGAUAGGAAGGGACCAGGGAUUAUUCUUCUUCCAUGAAAUGAGUCCUGGAAGCUGCUUCUUUCUUCCCAAAGGAGCUCACGUCUACAAUGUCCUCAUUGACUUUAUCAAGGAAGAAUAUAGAAAGCGGGGGUUCACAGAGGUGAUGACACCCAACAUGUACAACAACAAGCUCUGGGAGCAGUCUGGUCAUUGGGAGCACUAUGGAAAAAAUAUGUUCUCCUUCCAAGUGGAAAACGAGACUUUCUCUCUAAAGCCAAUGAAUUGUCCUGGUCACUGCUUAAUGUUCGAUCAUCGACCUCGGUCCUGGAGGGAGCUUCCUCUCAGACUAGCGGACUUUGGGGUGCUGCACAGGAAUGAACUGUCUGGGGCACUGUCUGGGCUCACACGUGUCCGCCGCUUCCAGCAAGACGAUGCCCACAUAUUCUGUGCUAUGGAUCAGCUGGAAAGUGAGAUCAGCGGCUGCCUGGACUUCCUGCGCGCCGUGUACACAGUCUUUGGCUUCACAUUUAAGCUCUUCCUGUCGACCCGUCCAGAACAGUACAUGGGAGAACUGGAUGUCUGGCAGAAGGCUGAGCAGGAACUUGAGAAAAGCCUGAAUGGUUUUGGUCUUCCAUGGGAGCUGAAUCCAGGAGAUGGGGCAUUUUAUGGUCCAAAGAUUGAUAUCCAGAUUAAAGAUGCCAUGGGCCGCUACCAUCAAUGUGCCACAAUCCAGCUGGACUUUCAGCUACCCAUCCGCUUCAACCUUAGCUAUGUGGGUAAGGAGGAUGGCAGGAUGGAGAGGCCGGUCAUGAUCCAUAGGGCUGUGCUUGGCUCUGUGGAGAGGAUGCUGGCUGUUCUGGCUGAGAACUACGCUGGGAAGUGGCCAUUCUGGCUUUCUCCAUUCCAGGUCAUGGUUGUCCCCAUAGGAGCCAGUGUUGAGGAUUACGCCCAAGAGGUUUAUAGGAUGAUCCAUUCUCAGGGAUUCAUGGUUGAUGUAAAUACAGACCAAGGAACAACCUUUAACAAAAAGAUCCGGAAAGCACAGCUGGCACAGUACAACUUUAUUCUGGUGGUCGGUGAAAAGGAGAAGCAGAACAAUACAGUCAACAUUAGGACAAGAGACAGUAAGCAGCAUGGAGAGCAGAGCCUUAAGGAGCUGGUUAUGAGGCUGACUGAGCUUCGGGACACGCGUGUCAUGAAUGCAGAGGAGAUCUUCUGAUUCUCUUUAAGAUGUUCUUAGAAGGUUAUCUCAAGGCAGAACAUUAUGUUCUCUGCUGAUCCAUGGGCUACAGCUUCCACUUCUGCCACCAACUAUGUUCCUAGGAAAAUCUGACCUCUUGUUACCGAUUGUGGACAUAUUCUUCCCCUAGCAUAGUGGUGUGCUGGAGGGAAUAAGGAAUUGCAGGACUAUAGUAAGAAGAUGAUCGUUUACACUCCUGGCACCAAACGGAUUCGAGAGCGACUUCUCCAGACAAUGGCUGAAGUCAAAGAAUCUGCAGAACUAUAUACAUCAUGUUGGUGUAGCCAACCAGGCUUCAACCAACCAGGCUCUUGGUCAAUAUCUAUGAACACAAGAUACCAGUCCACUUGAUGGUUAUUAUUUCUGCAAACGCCCAACAUCACCUCUCUUAAAGGCCAACACCACAUCCUCUUUGUUUUGUCUCUGCUUUUAUACGUAAUAAAGGAUAUGAUCAGA